AAAAAAGAAAGAAAAGAAAACAAGAUCGGCAGAGUUCGGCAACGAGAGAAAAGAGAGCCACAGCCUGGUGCUGUUAACCACACUGAGGCAUAAUGACGGAACCGAGGCCUCCUCCCCCGUAUGAUGACAAAAUGACGGAACUCAGGCCUCCUCCCCCAUAUGAUGAAAGCACAUCUGGUGCUGAAGUCUUGACAGAUGACAGGAGUUGUAUAGAGGAAGGUGGCUUCCGCAUUGCUUACUGGGUUGAAAAGAACGUCCGUCAAGCUUUCAUUCGCAAGGUCUAUAGCAUCAUCACUUUCCAAAUACUGUUGACUGUGGGCAUUAUUGCAAUCUUCACCUUUGUAGCCCCUGUGAAUGGUUAUGUGAAAAAUCAUAUCGAACUGUACUAUGUAUCUUACAUUGUAUUCUUCAUUACCUACUUGGUGCUGGUCUUUUGGAGGACCAUCCAGAGACGCUUUCCAUGGAACAUAAUCCUUAUGACGAUUUUUACCAUGGCCAUGGGAUACAUGCUGGGCACCAUUGCCAGCAUGCACAAUACCAGGGUUGUAAUCCUUGCCAUGACAAUCACAGCAAUUAUAACCAUCGUUGUCACUAUUUUCUCCUUCCAGACAAAGGUGGAUCUGACGACCUGGACUGGCUUUUUCUGUAUCCUGGCCAUUGUGGUCAUGGUGACGGGCAUCUUCACUACCGUUGUCCUGACCUGCAAUUACGUAUACUGGCUGGACAUGCUUUAUUCGGCCCUGUGUGCCAUUGCCUUCACCCUGUUCCUGGCUUAUGAUACCCAGUUGCUUCUGGGGAACAAGAGGUUUGCAAUCAGUCCUGAGGAUUACAUUUUUGGAGCUAUCCAGAUCUACGUAGAUGUAAUCUACAUCUUCCUCGCAUUCUUACGGCUUGGGAGAAGAAGUUAGGGACUGGGCUCCUGAACCAAAGGCCAGAAUUAUUCCUUGGCAACUUCUGAAGACAUUAUUUUCUGAACAGAAGAUUAUUUGCCUUUCUCCCCAUUGCCAGCGCAUGGAUCUGUUCUUUGCAGGGAUCCUAUUGUAAUGAGUAUGGAUUGUAUAAAAGAUUUCUGUCUGUCCAUGCUCUCAAUAAUGUCCUACAUAUAUGAAAAAUAGUAUACUACAUGAAAAGUCUUUUACCUACUGAACUGCAUGGCCACUAUCCAGAUAUAGCUGUGCUUAAAAUUCCACUGGAAUCAAUGAGAUAAGUUAGCCACAGUGCAUGUUAAGCUCAGAUGGUUUCAGUGGGACUUAAGUGCAAUUAAUUUUUCUGGAUCAGGGCCUACACUUUUGCAUUGUUUAGCACCAUGCAUCUCAGAAAUAUACUGUGUCUUGCAGUAAAAGCCAAAUAAAUAUAGAGGUUUCAAU